ACAGGCUGUUGAAAUUACUUCAUGUGCUAUAGAACAACAACUACAUCUAAAAAUAAAGGAAAACACAGAGAGAUCUGGUAAUAAUCAUUUUAGCUUUUGGACCUCAGCAUGGCAGCCAGCUCGAAGGCCGAAGAGAAGCCCACGAUUAUGGGCUGUGACUUUGAGAUACACGGAAAGGUGCCCAAGGAGGCCUUUGAAUUGUUUGCCGUUGCCCAGGCGAAGCUGUUGGGUCUGCGGGGUUAUAUCACGCGGGUCUCCGAUGAUUUUUACAAGGGUCAAUUGCAGGGCGAGGGCAAAGUGAUUGAGAAAUUCAAACAGUUGAUCGCCACAGCUGCCGAAUAUGUGGCUGCUGUCAAGGAGUUUAUCGUUAAGAAUCUGAAAAUCAUUGUGGAUUAUACAUACGAGACAUUCGAGCUGAGGAAAUCGCCAUGAAAUUAAUUACAUCAAUAAAGCAAAAUCCCAAAGUC